CUUUUAUACCUUCAAUCAACAUCAGGGUGAUCGACUGAAGUUUUGACUCAUCGAAUUACCAUCUAAAAUGGCAUCAUAUCCUAGGAAGAAGUGCGGUGUUCUGGGUGCCACUGGCUCGGUGGGCCAGAGGUUCAUCCUCUUGCUUGCGGAUCAUCCCUUCUUGGAACUCCAUGCUGUUGGUGCAUCCGAACGGUCCGCCAACAAGAAGUACAAGGAUGCUGUCAAAUGGAAGCAGAGCAAGGCAAUGUCUGAGAAGCUUAGCAACCUUAUUCUACGGGAUUGCAAGGCCGAUCAGUUUGCCGACUGUGAUCUUGUGUUCUCCGGACUCAACAGCGAUGUUGCGGGCGAAGUUGAGAUGGAGUUUAUCAAGGCCGAAAUCCCCGUUUUCUCCAACGCAAAGAACUACCGCAAGGACCCCCUGGUACCUCUCGUUGUUCCUACCGUCAACCCUAAACACCUCGACCUCAUUCCCCACCAGAGGAAACACUUCGGAUUGAAAAAGGGGUUCCUGGUUUGCAAUUCCAAUUGUGCUGUUAUCGGUAUUGUCAUCCCCUUUGCCGCUCUUCAGGCUAAGUUCGGACCUGUCGAAGAGGUGGAGGUCUUCACUGAACAGGCUAUUUCGGGCGCUGGUUACCCAGGUGUUCCUAGCAUGGAUAUCGUGGACAACGUCAUUCCAUUCAUUAGCGGCGAAGAGGACAAGCUCGAGAACGAGGCUCAGAAGAUCCUUGGCUCCCUGAACGGCGAUGCGACCGCUUUCGUUGAGCAAGAAGGUCUUAGAGUUGGAGCUACUUGUACCCGGGUAGGCGUUACUGAUGGCCACAUGGCAUUUGUUUCGCUGCGUUUCAAGAACCGCCCAGCACCCAGCGCAGAACAGGUCGUGCAGGCUAUGAGAGAAUAUCAGUCGGAAGCCCAGAAGCUCGGCUGUCCCUCUGCGCCGGCCGAGGCGAUCAAGGUCUUCGAUGAGCCCGACAGGCCACAGCCAAGGCUGGACCGCGAUAUCUCUGGGGGAUAUACUGUAAGUGUGGGGCGUGUCCGCGAAGGCAACCCUGGAGGUUACUUCGAUAUUAGGUUCGCUGCGCUCUCACACAACACCGUGCUUGGUGCUGCCGGAUCAUCGAUCCUGAACGCAGAGGUUGCUGUGAUCAAGGGAUACAUUUAAUCCUGCAAAUGUAUAUAGUCAUUUAGAAAGCGUCAGAUAUGAAUUCCUUUUAUUAGGCUACAAAAAUAAAAAAU